CUCCCUCCCUCCCUUUCUCUCUCUCUCUCUCUGUUGCUGGAGGACAGGCGGCGGCGGCAGCAGCGGUGGAUCGGCUCGUUAUCUUUGCGCUCGGACGGGGAGUUUUGCUUCUUCUCGGUGCGCUCUUUUCCUGUGCGCUCCUCCUGGACGCGGAGGGAUUGGGGAGGGGGACUGAUCAUGGGGUCACCAUCACCAUCAUCUUCAGCAUCAUCAGCAUCAUCAGCACCGCACUUUACUUUCUUCUCGGCAGCGCCGGAUCACGACGUGAACGCACUAAAAUAAAAAAAACUCCGUGGCUUUGUCGUCGCUUUCCAUUCCGGGAAACUUUUCUUUUCUCCCUCAUCGUUUCUUUUUGUAUCAUAACGCGUGUGGAAUGGAGGUCCCAACUUUCCUGCUGUCGAGUCUUGCUCUGCUCUUCGUUGGAGGGGAUAUUUUCACCAGGGCCAUGCUGAGUGACAUUGGGGACUAUGUAGGUACAGACAUUCAAAUAUCCUGGUUACCUAAUCUGGAUGAGUUAAUGAAGGGCUAUGCCAGAAAUUUUCGCCCUGGGAUAGGAGGUCCACCAGUGAACGUAGCCAUGGCUAUUGAGGUGGCCAGCAUUGACCACAUCUCUGAAGCCAACAUGGAAUACACCAUGACUGUGUUCCUGCGCCAGAGCUGGCGUGAUGACCGCCUGUCCUACAAUCACACCAACAAGACACUGGGGUUGGACAGUCGAUUUGUGGACAAGCUGUGGCUGCCCGACACUUUCAUCGUCAAUGCCAAAUCUGCUUGGUUCCACGAUGUCACCGUGGAGAACAAGUUGAUCCGCCUGCAGCCCAAUGGAGUCAUUCUAUACAGCAGCCGAAUCACUUCAACGGUGGCGUGUGAUAUGGACCUGACCAAGUACCCCAUGGAUGAACAAGAGUGUAUGCUGGACCUGGAAAGCUAUGGUUACUCCUCAGAGGAUAUUGUGUAUCACUGGUCAGAAAGCCAGAGACACAUCCACGGCCUGGACAAAUUGGAGCUCUCCCAGUUCACCAUCACAGACUAUCGGUUUGUCACUGAGAUGAUGAACUUUAAAUCCGCGGGACGAUUUCCAAGGCUCAGUCUUCGCUUCCAGCUGAGGCGUAAUCGAGGAGUAUACAUCAUCCAGUCAUACAUGCCUUCAAUAUUACUGGUUGCCAUGUCCUGGGUGUCCUUCUGGAUCAGUCAAUCGGCAGUCCCUGCUCGUGUAUCCUUAGGGAUCACGACUGUUCUCACCAUGACCACGCUAAUGGUAAGCGCCCGCUCCUCCCUGCCUCGAGCAUCAGCCAUCAAGGCAUUAGAUGUCUACUUCUGGAUCUGCUAUGUCUUUGUGUUCGCCGCACUCAUUGAAUACGCCUUCGCUCACUACAACGCUGACUACCGACUCAAAGAGAAGGCCAAGGUGAAGGCUAACAAGCUCAGCUCUGAGUCCAUUGUGAAGAAUGGCAAACAGGCUAUGGUUCUGUUCUCCCUGUCGGUCACUGGCAUGAACCAGAGUGUGAUGAUUUCCAAUCGCCCAGGGCGGACCCAGCGCUCCAGCAGUGAAAUCCCUGGAGAGGGCGGCAGUGAGGAGGCUGAGCCAAGGAGGAGAAGGUCCAGGCAGACAGAGGAGACCAAGGAGGAGAAGAAGUGCUGUUCCAAGUGCGUCUGCAAGCCCAUCGAUGCCGACACCAUUGACAUCUAUGCCAGGGCCGUGUUCCCUUUCACGUUCGCUGUUGUGAACGUGAUCUACUGGGUGGCAUACACCAUGUGAGAAGGAGGGAGCAGGUCUUUGCGAGUGGCUGCCAUCCAAGACUGUAUAUAAGAAACUGCUGGAGCUGUGCCACUUCAAUGCUGGCAGACUGGUGCAGCUGAAGUAUACUGUGCUGCAGGCCUGAAGUGAAGUGUUAGGGCCUGUGAAUAUGGAAAUAUGGUAAUUAAUGGAAGUAGUUAUGAGUUUAAAAAGUGUUAAAAGGACUUCAUAUAUUUAAAUACAAAUACAAAAAUGUAUUGUAUAAAGGCGAGGGACUGUGUUGCCUGUUGGGGGUUUACAUACACAGUGAAUACAGUCACCAACUUGUCAUCCUGUUAUAUGAACUUAACACAGGACAGUAUGACAAAUUAUCCUGCUUAAAUACCUGCAGUACUGACCACAAGCUCACGUCUUGCAAACACAAACAAGCAUAGUUAGCUUAAGUCACUCAAAGCCACACUCUGGAGUGAACCGCCUGUUAUCUUGAAAAGCAAAGCGCCGCCCAAUCUAGAGGAUAACAAGAUGAGGUGUACUACUAUUCUGCAUGGCUGAUAACUCUCUCACCCUCUCUUCCCGCCAUCACCACCCCUUCUUAUCCCCUCUCUCCUUUGGUCCUCCACCCAUUUUUUUUUUUUCAAUUCAUUUUUUCGUUCAGGACGCCGUCUGGAGUGUCUUAUCUCCCACUGCCAGUUCUGCCUGUUUCCUCAUCAUUAAAGGACUUCUUCCACUACCUGUGUGUGUCUCUCCCUCCUGGCUUCAAAUGUUCAUGAACCUAAAAUCCAAGCUGGUUGUUGGGUGUGAUUAAAAGUAAAAUAAAUGCUGAAAUCCUUUCUGGAAGAUG